AUGUCAGCUAAACCUCAAAAGAAAAAUAAACCUUCAGAACCAUCGGCUUUAGGAAAAUCGUAUCUUAUUGCCUAUAAUGGUGUUCAAACAUUGGGAUGGUCAUACCUGUUGCUGCAAACAGCAACGUACUUUUUGAAUCGUGGCACAUUGGAUAAUUAUUGGAAUGAAGUAAAGUGGACCAUUAUAAUAUUUCAAAAUGCAGCUAUAUUAGAGAUACUACACGCGGCUAUACGACUAGUGCCUUCCAACGUUUUAGUUGUAUUUAUGCAGAUUUUUUCUCGAGUUUUUCUUGUAUGUGGAAUUCUAAUGGUCACUGACUCUGCCAUCGUCAGUCCCGGCUUGCCCCUGUGCGUCUUAGCCUGGUCCAUCACAGAAAUAUUACGAUACUCAUAUUAUGCGUUGAAUUUACUCAACAUAGUACCUCAUGUACUACUUUUCUUCAGAUAUUCAACAUUCCUCGUAUUGUAUCCACUAGGGAUCACCGGAGAACUUCUUUGUAUGUAUCAUUCAUUGAAUGAAAUUGCAGAAAAAGAACUCUUCACAAUGUCUAUGCCCAAUAAGUGGAACUUUAUUUUUAAUUAUUAUUACAUAUUGAUUUUCUACAUGUUUUUAUAUAUUCCGUUAUUCCCAUAUCUCUUCGGCCAUAUGUUGAAGCAAAGGAAAAAGAUGUUAGCCGAUGACAAAAAGAAAUCUUUA